UUGAGUGGGCGACGCAAUGAUAACACUGAUUACGGAGUGCAAGUCAACAGGGGUCCCAGCGCGCGCUGCACGCCGCCACUCGGCUCCCUCACCUUGCAGCAUGAAGGUGUUUGUCCUGAUUUUAGCUUUCGCCGCCCUCGCCGCCGCCUCUCAGGGUGCCGGCCGGGAACAUCACGAGGAACAUUUCGGGUAUGUAGAGGUACGUCCCGGCGCCCACAUGUUCUGGGUGAUGUACCAUACGGACCUACCAGGCAACCAUACUGAACACCCGCUCAUCAUGUGGCUCCAGGGCGGCCCAGGUGCUUCAGGGGUCGGUUACGGCAAUUUUGAAGAGCUGGGACCUUUUGACAUCAACGGCAACGCGAGGGAGCACGCCUGGACCAAGAAAGCCAACCUGCUGUUCGUGGACAACCCGGUGGGUACUGGGUAUAGUUACGUGGAGGACAUUUCGUUGCUCACAACCAACAAUGCCAUAAUUGCCUCAGACCUGGUAGCAGUUAUCAAAUCCGUCUUCACCCAAUACACAGAUAUGCAAAUCAUGCCAUUCUACGUUUUUGCCGAGUCAUAUGGAGGAAAAAUGACCGUCGACUUCGCUCUUGAGUUUGAAAAGGCCAUUAAGAACGGCGAGGUAGUGAGCGAUUUCCGCGGCGUGGCCCUCGGGGAUUCCUGGAUCAGCCCUAUGGACUCUGUGAACACCUGGGGCACUUUCCUCUACCAAAUGGGAAUCGUCAACCGAAAUGGAUUGGAAGCGAUCGACAGUGCUGCUGCAGAAGCACAAGCUGCCGUGGACGCCGGGCGAUGGAUUGAGGCCACCAACAAAUGGAGCUACGCCGAGUACGUGGUGAUGGAAUACGGCAACAACGUUAAUUUUUACAAUGUGUUGGCCAAGAAUGAUAUCUACAGACUGAAGAAGGACACCAACGCAACCGAACUUUCCUUCAUGUCGUCCCAUGUUCGCAGGCUGUACGAGAACCACGUGGAGCACCUGACCCGCGACGCGCUGGGUGACUACAUGAACGGCCCGCAGGCGGAUGAGUGGGGCAUCCCGGAACACGUGAAGUGGGGCAGCCAGGGUGGUUUGGUGUUCGAUGCUCUUGCAGGAGACUUCAUGAAGCCAGUCAUAGAGUCUGUGGUGAAGCUGUUAACUGAAACAGACCUGGAGGUGGUGGUCUUCACUGGCAACCUGGAUCUCAUCUGUGAUACUCCAGGUACAUACAGGUGGAUUGAAAACAUGGAGUGGUCAGGAAAACCCGAAUUUAUGGCUGCCUCCAACCAACCUAUCACAAUCCCCAUCUAUACUGCCACUGCUGCCACCAUUCAGAAGGCAAAGCGAUUCUCCUUGUACACCAUCAUGAACUCAGGACACAUGGUACCGAUUGACGCCCCUGAGAUGGCCCUCGAGAUGUUGGAUAUGAUCUUUAGGUCGUCGAAGAAAACAUCGAAGCAAGGAAAAACCGAUAAGCAUGAAGCACCUAAGCAGGACGCCACAGAACCUAAAGAAAAGUCUGUACAGGAAAAACUUAGUUUGAAGUACCUAAAAGCAGAGGCACUAAAGCAGGAGGCUAAGAAGGAGCAGGAGGCAGCCAAGCAAGUGAAGGAAGAGAAGUCGCAAGAGGAGAGCGAGGAGAUCAGCCAGGAGGAACCCAAGACGCAGAAAGGAAAGAAAGAUGACAAAAAGAAGGAAGUGUCUCAGGAGAAGAAGGUACCUAAAGAAAAGCCGCCUAAAAAGUCAUCCAAGGAAGAAAAAGUAACUAAGCAGGAGAAACAGAAACAAGAAAAGCAGAAGCAGGAGAAAUCACCCAAGCAGGAAGAGUUUAAACAGAAGGAAAACAAACACGAGGCAGCUCCAAAGCAAGAGAAAUACAAGCAGAAAGUAGCCAGACCAGACAAGUACAAGCAGAAGACACCUGAACAAAAGGAAAAGAAGCAGGAAAAGGCUCCCAGGAAGAAGGAACCUGAGCAGAAGCCCCUCAAGCAAGAAGCCAAGAAAGUUAUCAACAAGGCCAAAGCAAAGGUUGUAGCUUCCCGCCAGCAGCAGCAGCAGCAGCAACAGCAGCGGGACCGCCCAAUUGGUCACAACCCCGGGCCAUUCCCUGACGCCCCUCGUAGACGUUAGGGUGGUCCGGACCUUGUCUCGUCUCGCCUCAGUGCAAUUACUCGCAGGAAACUUCUAGCAACAACAUUCUAAAUUAAAGAAAAAUGGUUUGAAGACGGCUGUCUGUUAGAAGAGCAUAUACUAAGAUUUUAUAUUUCAAUCUAAAACUUAAGUUGAGUGAAUGUUUAGUAAUAAAUAUUGUUCGACUUUGCAUAAAUUGUUUUUUGUCAGUGCUUUGAUUGGCUUGACUUCUUGACAAAUGCUCAUGUCUCGUAUCCUUGUUGAGUUUCUCUCCUCCCCAUCGCCCUCAUCGACAGCGGCAGAACAACAAAGUCUCUCGCUACUACGACACAAGGAAGACUUAUCAAACUUCGCCUUAGGGGAAGUUUGUUGAAGAUUCAUUUAUAAUCCCUAGUCCCUUGUAACUGAAAGCUUCAUGUUGAACUUUUCUUGGUAAUUAUGAUGUUUCCUCUGUACAAUCUCAGAGGCUUUACACUCAUGCUUACACUUCAUCAGGUACAGUGUGUGUGUGUGUGUGUGUGUGUGUGUGUGUGUGUGUGUGUGUGUGUGUGUGUGUGUGUGUGUGUGUGUGUGAGCAAUGCGAUAACUACUUUUGGUGUGUUUUUUGUCAUGAUCCAUGGAAUUUACAGCAAGAAUUGUAUAAUAAUAUCCUGGAUUUCUUUUACUUUGGUGAUGUGAUUAUUUGCUAUGCCACGUACAAAAGCAAAUAAAUAAAAGUGGUGUUGCUG